AUGAGUCUGUCAUCGUGUGCUAAAGUCACCAAUAGCUCAAAUCAAGAAGGAAUCAAGUGUUGGGGGUACAACAAAUACAAGAAUCUGGGAUUACCCACCUCCGACGAGACCGAGAUACCGGCCAAAGACCGACCCUUUGUGCACUUCACUCUGACAGUCGAGUCGAUUGUCCCAGAGGUUUGCGGGAGUUGUGGCGUGUUUUCCUCACAAGGGUCACCGAGCUACGUGCACUGCUGGGGCGCACUAUACAGCGCCGGGAACAUAUACACGACUCACGACGCGUCCAACAUGGUACAGAUCAACACACCCGGCGAUGCUGUCAUGAUCGAUUUUCUGAGAGUCAUCACCAAUGCCAGAAAUCUCAGUUGUGUUGGUACCUUCAUCGAUGGAAAAUCAGAAACAACUCCGAACCCUCAGCACAACAGCCGAUACAACCCGCUCCCGCAGUACUUCCCACAGAAGAAACACAACUUUAACUCUCAUAAUACCGCCAUUACACGCUGA